AUGAUUGGCUAUGGCGCCCAUGGGACGAGUUCGCUGGAGCACAGUGAGGCGGGAGUGAUGAGCGGGAUCGCGACGCGCUGUCUCGUGCAGCCCUUCGACGUCCUCAAAAUCAGGUUCCAGGUGAGCGAGAGUUCAUCUACUGCCCGCGCUGCUUCAUUGGCCACUAUGCACGGUGGUGGCCCGUAUCGAGGGUGGGCUGUGGUAGCAUCGAUGCGGUUUGUUAUGUGUGCAUUUCAGAUGCAGCGGGAGCCCACUUUUGGUGUCACAAAAGGCAGAUAUCGUGGCGUUGUGCAGGCGUGCUCACGCAUUUAUAGGGACGAGGGGCUGCAUGCCUUCUGGAAGGGCCACGUACCUGCGCAGGGCCUGUCGGCUGUCUACGGACUGGUGCAGUUCGCUGCUUUCGAGUGGCUCACCGAGCAGGCCACUCGAUUUCCCGGUAUGCUCUCAUUUUCCAGCUUCUCAAACUUACCUUCUGGCACACUCACCCAGCCUGUGAAUCCUGUUCCACUCGCUGCACUUGCCACUGCGCGCCGACUGAGCGGGGACUGA